AUGAUGAGGACGACGGCGCUUUUGUUUUCUCUUCUCGCCUAUGGAUCGGCGGUGGGAGCGCUGCGUCCAGGGCACUACAUUGUCCCACGAGUAACACUAGGAACGGUACAGUGGAAGGACAAGAACAACCACAUCCACAAGGCAACUCCUCGCGCACCCUUCUUAGCACAACGAAGACUCGUCCGCCUUCCUCCACUGCAUGAAGGCGUUGUAUCAUCCUCUUUGCUACCGGUAUCGGUCGCACGAGGUGGCAUCGACAAAAGUCUUUCCAUGUUGGAUCAAUGGCUCCGUCGAACCAAGGGAGUUCUCGCGGUGUCCAUGUUGAUUAGCUUUGGUUCGAUGUUCGCAUUCCAUUUCUCCUCGUCUACGGCACUGGGGUUAUGUUUUGCCCUUUGGAAUGUGGAGUUAUCACGGGUGUUGAUCACACGACAAGCUUCCAAGUGUGGAUUCGAAGCCAAGGGGAUUGCUCUGUGGCUCUUGUUGGAUGUGAUUGUGUCCUAUUGCUGUUGGACCCAGCCGCCAUGGGGUUCGAAGUUCAUUCAAGCCCAUGGAAGUCUCACAAUGUUGGCCUUGUCCAUUCCGGCAUUGUCACCUCGACUCGGGGCUCGCAUGUAUGGAAUCGCAGCAACUACGAGUACCACGCUUAACAAUGUGCAAGGCGUGGGGUUUCUGGCAGUCGCCUUUGGCACUAUGGUCGUGUCCUUGGGUUCACAAAGUAUUCCGCCCCUCGUGGCCUUGGCUUCGACCAUUGGCAUUCCGCUCUUAUUGUAUGUUCCCAGGGCACUGAUUGAGCUCGUCGGAAGGUUCAGGCGCGAAGUAAUAUAG